CGAGGGCACGUUCGGGGGCGGGGCGGGGAGGAGCCUGUGGCGGCGGCCGAGCGGGCCGGAGCCGAGCGAGCCGGCGGGUGUGUUCCCCUCUCCCCGCGGCGGGGGCACGGGCAGCUGCCUGCGCGCGGCGGGGUUAUUCUGGGGCUUAGAAAGUUGGCUGGAAGUACUGGAGGUUACAGCACGGUGGCUUUCUAGAAGAUGACCAUAGAGGAUCUCCCAGAACCUUCCCAAGAAGGAGAUUCAUUGAUUGAAAGAUAUCAGUUUUUAUUCCCAGGCUCUGAAACAUCAGUUACUUUUUCAGUUGCAGCAGCACCAAUGCCUUCAGACUGUGAGUUCUCCUUCUUCGAUCCUAAUGAUGCAGCAUGCCAAGAAAUUCUUUUCAACCCUAAAACAUCAGUUUCUGAAUUGUUCGCCAUCUUACGGCAAUGGGUCCCACAGGUCCAGCAGAACAUUGAUAUAAUUGGAAAUGAGAUUAUUAAGAGAGGCUGCAGUGUGAAUGAUAGAGAUGGACUGACUGAUAUGACUCUCUUGCAUUACACCUGCAAGUCAGGGGCUCAUGGUAUUGGUGAUGUUGAGACUGCUGCCAAAUUCGCCUCUUACCUUAUUGAUCUGGGUGCAGAUACUAGUUUGCGUAGUCGCUGGACAAAUAUGAAUGCUUUGCAUUAUGCUGCCUACUUUGACGUUCCAGAGCUUAUUAGAGUUAUUUUGAAAAAUGCAAAGCCCAAAGAUGUGGAUGCCACCUGCAGUGACUUCGAUUUUGGAACAGCUUUGCAUAUUGCUGCGUUUAAUUUGUGUACUGCAGCAGUGAAGUGUUUACUGGAACAUGGAGCAAAUCCUGCCUUUAGGAAUGACAAAGAACAGAGUCCAGCAGACGUGGUUCCUGAUCCGGUAGAUAUGCCAUUGGAGAUGGCAGAUGCUGCAGCAAGUGCAAAAGAAAUCAAGCAGAUGCUGUUGGAUGCAGUGCCUCUGUCAUGUGACAUCUCAAAGGCCAAGCUUCCAAACUAUGAUCAUGUCACUGGCAAGGCCAUGCUUAUGUCACUUGGCUUGAAACUUGGAGAUCGUGUUGUUAUUGCAGGACAAAAGGUUGGUACAUUAAGGUUUUGUGGCACAACAGAAUUUGCCAGUGGGCAAUGGGCUGGUGUAGAACUGGAUGAACCAGAAGGAAAGAAUGACGGAAGUGUUGGAAAAGUCCAGUACUUCAAGUGUGCACCAAGAUGUGGUAUCUUUGCACCUCUUUCUAAAAUAAGUAAGGCUUCAGAUCUCAAGAAGAAUUUUGUCAGAAGUCCUUCCACACGAUCUAGUUUGGUAAAGUCCAAGAAAAUCGAUGUAACGCAUAUAACUUCAAAAGUGAAUACUGGCUUAGCUACAUUAAAAAAAGAUACUAGUUCUGAAUCCACCUUUUUGGCUACUGAAGAAGGAAUGAAAACUAUUGGUAAAGAAGGACUGAAUAAUGCUUCUCCAUCUACAAGAAAAAACCCUUUUGAUGAAGGAGAAAUUCAGCUUGGAGACAAAGUGCUAGUGGUAGGGCAGAGAACUGGCACUGUUAGAUUCUAUGGUACAACAAAGUUUGCACCAGGCUUUUGGUGUGGCAUUGAACUGAACAAACCUCAGGGCAAGAAUGAUGGUUCAGUUGGAGGGGUCCAGUACUUCAGUUGUCUCCCCAGAUAUGGCAUAUUUGCCCCACCAACCAGAGUGCAGAGAUUAACAGGUUCCUUAGACUCCCUCACAGAAGUUUCAUCAGGUAAAAUAAAUCAUUCUUUCCCAGGUUUUAGACGAAGUUCAAGUACAACUUCUGCAUCUUCACAGAAGGAGAUAAACAGGAAAAACUCCUUUGUCAAAUCUAGAAGCUCGCUGCUGCGGCGUAGUUGGAGCAACACUACUACAACUAACCCUGAGGGACCUGUGAAACUACAUGAGGGUUCUCAGGUCCUUCUAACCAGCUCUAACGAGAUGGGCACAAUUAGGUACAUCGGCCCUGCUGACUUUGCACCUGGAAUAUGGCUUGGACUUGAACUCAGAAGUGCCAAGGGAAAGAAUGAUGGAUCUGUGGGUGACAAGCGCUACUUCACCUGUAAGACAAACCAUGGAGUCUUAGUUCGGCCUAGUAGAGUAACCUAUCGUGGGAUUAACGGAGCAAAACUUGUGGAUGAUAUUUGUUGACCCAGAAUGCUUACAACCUGUGCAUCAAGUGCUAGUGCAAUGAUCUAUAAGCAUUAAACCACAUACAAUAACCCCAACAUCAUCUGCACGGAAUGCUGACUUAAAUUUUAUCUAAACUAUGAAACCUGCUUUUUUUGGUAACUCUCUUUAGGCUCUAACCACCUCAGAGUCCUAUACCCCUCUCUCCUAUUUUGACACAGUCCCUGCCUGUGACUUUCUUGUAAAAGCCUUCUGGGUUUGAUACUGCAUUAUUUGAAUAAUGUCCCACCCCGAGAUGGCCAGUAUAUCUGACAUUCUUUAAGUUGCUUUGUGAUUCAAAGUAUUUGGAAGAUUUUCUUCCAUGUACUAAUGAACUGAUAAAUCAUUCUGCUGCCUUUUCAUAACAAAGGAGAUGGUUAAAUGAGACACAUUAGUCUAUGCAGUAUUGGUCCCAGGAUAUUAGAGAUAAGGGUGAAUGCCAGAAUAUAUCUUUUAUUGGACCAACUUCUGUUGGUGAAGGAAACAAGCUUUUGAGUAUGCAGAGCUCUUUUUUUCUUCUUCUCAGACCUGAAGAAGAACUCUGUAUAGCUUGAAAGUUUGUCUCUCAUCAACAGAAGUUGGUCCAGUGAAAGGUAUUCUUCCUUCACCUUGUUUCUCACAUUAGUCUGUUUACUAGACACUUUGUCCAUCUCCCUGUGAACUAGUAGUAAUAAGCAGGAGAAAUGACUUUUUUUUUCAAAUCAGUUGUGAAACAAUUAAGCAUUUUAUCAUUCAGAAAAAAAACCCAUCCCCCAAAAAACACAUGGAGCCAAUGGAAAAAAUGGUUUCAGAGAAGCAGCCGUGUUAGUCUGUAUUCGCAAAAAGAAAAGGAGUACUUGUGGCACCUUAGAGACUAACAAAUUUAUUUGAGCAUAAGCUUUCGUGAGCUACAGCUCACUUCAUUGGAUGCAUUCGGUGGUAUUUUCCACCGAAUGCAUCCAAUGAAGUGAGCUAUAGUUCACGAAAGCUUAUGCUCAAAUAAAUUUUAGUCUCUAAUGUGCCACCAGUCCUCCUUUUCUUAAUGGAAAAACGGUAUUUGAAAGAAUUUGCUGCUACAGUGUUAUGCCUGUGAACAGCAUGAAUGAAACAGAAAAAAGACUGUAAAAAGCACAAAUGCACUGUUUCUGGUUUGCACUUUUCUCUGUGUGGAUUUGUAAAAAGACAGCAGCAUGCACUUUUAUCUCUAUCCUCUGGAGAGCUUUCCCCUACUGUUUGAAGAAAUUCUUUUGUUUGCUGUUGCUGCAGGCUACAAUCAUGUUUCAAUGCAUAUAGAACUUAGGUGGCACCACACAUCGAUAUUGGUGAUGCAAGUAUUAAGUCCUUAUUACGUAUGGUCUGCAGGAGGUACUAUGCAGUAUAGAUAUAUUUUUUAAGCAAAGGUUAUUCAGUUUUUACUUUGCAUUUUAUAUAUUUCUUCAUUGUCCUUCAGAGCACAGUUUCUUCUUUGCUACAUUUGCCAUUUAUAAAACUCGUAAAUUGCCUGUGAAUCUUCUUAGAUGUAACAUUGUAACACUCCUAUUUUGAUUAUUUGGAUGCAACAUGAUUUGGCACAGUGUUUUCAGAAUUUUUCAUAUACAUCUUGAACAGCUAAAAUGCAUAACAUGUUUAGCAUGUAAUAACUAUCUUAGUGCAAGUAUACAGGUUUCAGAAUAUCUCACAGUAAAAUGGUUUGACGCUUCUAAAUGUGCUGUUUGUUGCAUUUCACUUAGUUGAGAAGUGUACAAUGACUGACUUUGUGCAGUUUAUGCAAUGUAUUUUAAAUAUGGCUAUUUUUCCUGACUAUUAAAAAAGGCUGCAUAUUGUAUUCUGAUCUAUGGAAGUUUUUAACUGAAGAUAAAAAUUGUAAAUUUUGAAUGUACACAUUUUAUUGUAAACUGUCUAAAUUAUAGCUUUGUAUGUGAAGUUAGCAAGGUUCUGAACAUCUGUAUCUUCUGUGUUUUAUAUCUAUAGAUCUUUUUUCUGUAAUUAACAGUAUUUACUGAUCUUUGAUAUAUUAAUGCCCUUUCUUUUAAAGAUAAUUUGCUUUUGGGGGGAGUGUGUCACAAAAUGAUUGUCCUUUUUUUUUUCCCUUACAAAUUAUGUAAAUAGGACAAAGAAAUGGCAGCUCUAAUAUAUAAACAGGUUUUAUAUCUUCA